CCACAAUCAUGUUUCUCACUUCAUCUUUAUAAAUCUUUCUAAGUUUCUAUAUGGUACUAUGUUUUAUUGCAAAGUACCAACAACACCAUAUUCCUAGUUAGUACAUAUAUUCACUAUUUAAAACCUUUCUUGCACACUAUUCAAUAUGCCUUCACUCUCAGAAGCCUACAGAGCUCACCCUGUGCAUGUUAACCACAAGCACCCUGAUUUCAAUUCACUACAAGAACUUCCUGAAUCUUACACUUGGAACCACCUUGAUGAUCACACCCUUAUUAAGGAGGGUACUACUAGUAGUAUUGUUCCCGUUAUUGAUCUCAAUGACCCAAAUGCUUCAAAGUUAAUAGGACAUGCAUGCAAAACAUGGGGUGUGUAUCAAGUGGUGAACCAUGGCAUCCCAAUAAGCCUCCUUGAUGAAAUUCAAUGGCUUGGACAAACUCUCUUCACCCUUCCCUCUCACCAAAAACUCAAAGCCAUUCGUUCCCCAGAUGGUGUUUCGGGCUAUGGCCUCGCUCGCAUAUCCUCCUUCUUCCCCAAACUCAUGUGGUCUGAGGGAUUUACCAUCGUUGGAUCCCCUCUUGAUCAUUUUCAACAACUUUGGCCUCAAGAUUAUGCCAAACACUGUGAUACUGUCUUGCAAUAUGAUGAAGCCAUGAAAAAGUUAGCAGGGAAACUAAUGUGGCUAAUGUUGGACUCUCUUGGUAUUACAAUGGAAGAUAUCAAAUGGGCUGGCUCAAAAGCCCAAUUUGAUGAAAAAGCCUGUGCAGCCAUGCAACUCAACUCCUACCCAAGUUGUCCGGAUCCGGAUCACGCCAUGGGUCUCGCCCCGCACACGGACUCAACAUUUCUAACGAUCCUUUCCCAAAAUGACAUAAGCGGGCUGCAAGUUCAACGAGAGGGUUCCGGGUGGGUCACUGUGCCCCCGCUCCACGGAGGACUCGUGGUCAACGUAGGCGACCUAUUCCACAUUUUGUCGAACGGAUUGUACACAAGUGUGCUCCAUCGGGUUUUAGUGAACCGAACCCGUCAGAGGUUUUCGGUUGCUUAUUUGUAUGGGCCCCCUUCCAAUGUAGAGAUUUGUCCACAUGAGAAAUUAGUAGGCCCAACACAACCUCCCCUUUAUAGGUCAGUUACUUGGAAUGAGUACCUUGGCACAAAAGCAAAGUAUUUCAACAAAGCACUCUCAUCCGUUAGUCUUUGUGCACCUAUUAACGGUUUGUUUGAUGUAAACGACUCUAACAAAAGUAGUGUGCAAGUGGGUUAAAUAGUUUUUGUACUUUUUUCAAUCCUUCCUUAUUGCAUGGUCUAUUUUGUACCAAACAUAAUAAAAGCCAAAAGGCAAUUCUGAAAUGAAACAUUGGCUAUUUUUCAA